AUGCGCAAACUGAACACGAGCCAUGCACCAUCUGCUCCUGGCCGGGGUACAGGGACAAGUCUGGACGGAUUAGUUAACCGUGUUCAGUUUGAAACGAAGUGUUCAAGCAAGACUACAAUCAUGUUUCUGUUCCUGAUAAUAACUGUUGCUAUGUGCAUGUUCACGAACAUCGUUGGGGCUCAGACAGCUCUUGAUACAGACGAAUUGAGGACGAUAAAAAACCAACUGAACUUGCUGAUGGAAAAAAGACAACAGGAUUACCAGCAGUUGGAAAAAUCACUCUACGAAUCUCUAAAAGGAAGCACAGACCUCGAUGCGUUGAAAGAAGAAAUUCAAUUAAUCAGGGAUGAACAUUUUAGGAUGGCCCAUUCUGGUAACGAUGGGAUCCGCGAUAAAGUAGCCGUAGGAUGGCUAAAGGAAGUAAUCGGUGGUUUGAGAUCAGAAAUGCAAGCAGUGUGGUCGGCCAUCAAUGAAACGGCACAGAUUCACAAGACUGUAGCCAUACAAAACGAUCUGCAAGCAUUAAGAAAUGACUUGGAUUCUGACCGAAAAGAUUUACAAACAAUGCAAGGAGAAUUACUGUCAGUUAAGAAGAAUGUCGAAGAAAUAUCAAUUAAACAUUCCGAAUUAGAGAAAAAGAUUAACACCAUGGCUAAACAUAAAAUCGCAGUUGAUAAAAAAAACAAUGAAAACGACGUACAAACAGCAUACAACAACAUUUAUAAACAAGUGGCGUUUGAAGUUAACGAAAACAACAAUAAUGACAAGCGUCUGAGGACAAACGUUAUCACCACAGUGGUGACGGAUCAAGAAGCACAGGAGCUGGAACAGCUAGAGUCAUCGCGCAAGUACCUCGCUCACCGGAUGGCCCGUCUAGAAAAGCGCAUGAAGGGUGUAUUGUACAGAGAGAGCGCGGCUGUGGAACGGGAAAAUCGACUGUCACGGCUCGAGGCCGAUCUUAACGCCACCAAAGAAGCGUUGGCAUUUAAUGCCACUCGUCAGGAGGCCACGCAGGAUCGGCUGCACGGGUCCUUACUGGAGCUGUUGGAGAGCGUGGAAAACCUCGAUGAUCGGGUAGACGCGUGUCUACCGGAAGUUCGCAAAGAAAUAUCGAAAAUCGAAUUUACCGUGGCUCGGAUAAACGCGUCCGUGGCCAUCAUUAAGGAAGAUCAGAACAACCAAAUGUUAACUGCAAAAGCUCUCGGAGAAGGGAUGUCGGCCAUACAAAGAAAAAUGACCAAGUAUGACAACGAAAAACAAACCGGGAAAACGGUUACGACCCACCUUAUAAUGAAAGAAAAUUGUACGGAAUGCACAUACGUAAUCGACGAAUUGGCCACAUUGCAAAAUUCAUUCGAAAGAAUUGUCGACGGACUUCCCAAAGAUUGUUCUAAAAUGAAAUCCUCGGGAACGUACCUCAUAGCACCUGAUGGAAAAAACCCCUUACUGGUUCAAUGCGAUAUAUCAGAUGGUAUGUCUUGGAUCACGGUACAAAAAAGGACCAAUGAUCGUCUCAAAUUCAAUAACAAUUGGGAAGAGUAUGCCAAAGGAUUUGGAAACUUAUAUGGCGACUUUUGGCUGGGGAACGACGCCAUCCACCGGCUGACUGCGGACAACGCUUCUUCACUGCGCGUCCAGAUAACCGACAUUUACGGUAACGAUUGGCGGGCGGAUUAUGCGAACUUCGCGGUAUCGAACGCCACCGAUGGUUACCGGCUGGGCAUUUCAGGUUAUAGCGGUAACGCCUCUGACGCGCUGUCCUUCCAAAACGGUCACCGGUUCAGCACGACGGACCGCGACCAAGACGACAGCGCUGCAAACUGCGCGGCUAACUACGAGGGCGGCUGGUGGUACUCGCGAUGUCAGCACGCCAACCUCAACGGCAAGUACAACUUUGGGCUGACGUGGUUCGACACCAGCCGCAAUCAGUGGAUGGCGAUCGCUGAAAGUGAGAUGAGAGUCGGACGUCCGGUGUCCGUUCAAUAACGUAGAUCACCUAUUAUAAUAUUAUGAUACAAAUUAUACGAUAAUAUGUAUAUGUAUUUAUAAUACCCGCGUCCAAGCGGCGUUCAACCCAUACGUGUGCUAGUCAAGUGAAGACAAUGUUGAGUUUAUAUUAUUUAUAAAUGCAUAAUAUUGUCAGUUUAAUUUUAAUUUUUUUUUUUAUUGAAUUUUUUCUAU